AUGCUGGCUAGAAACAACUCCUUAGUGAGAUUUAUUCUUGUUGGAUUAACAGAUCGUCCGGAGUUCCAACAACCCUUCUUUUUCCUGUUUCUAAUGAUCUAUAUUGUCACCAUGGUAGGCAACCUUGGCUUGAUCACUCUAACUGGUCUCAGUUCUCACCUCCACACCCCCAUGUACUAUUUCCUCUUCAAUCUCUCCUUUAUUGAUCUCUGUUGCUCCUCUGUUUUGACCCCCAAAAUGCUAAUGAACUUUGUUUCAAAAAAGAAUAUUAUCUCCUAUGUUGGGUGCAUGACUCAAACAUGCAAGACUCAGUUGUUUUUCUUUCUCUUUUUUGUCAUCUCUGACAUCUUGACCUCAAUGGCCUAUGAUCGCUAUGUGGCCAUCUGUAGUCCAUUGCUUUAUAAGGUCACCAUGUCCCAUCAGGCCUAUUCUAUGCUAACUUUUGCUGCUUACAUAAUGGAAUUGGCUGGAGCCACGGCCCACACUGGGUGCAUGCUUAGACUCACCUUCUGCAGUGCUAAUAUCAUCAACCAUUACUUGUGUGACAUACUCACCCUCCUCCAGCUUUCUUGCACCAACACCUAUGUCAACAAGGUGGUUGUUCUCAUUGUUGUGGGUAUUAAUAUCACAGUACCCAGUUUUACCAUCCUCAUUUCUUAUGUUUUUAUUGUCACUAGCAUUCUUCAUAUCAAAUCCUCUCAAGGAAGAUCAAAAGCCUUCAGUACUUGUAGCUCUCAUGUCAUUGCACUUUCUCUCUUUUUUGGGUCAGCAGCAUUCAUAUAUCUUAAAUAUUAUUCUGGAUCUAUGGAACAGGGAAAAGUUUUUUCUGUUUUCUACACUAAUGUGGUACCCAUGCUGAAUCCCCUCAUUUACAGUUUGAGGAACAAAGAUGUCAAAGUUGCAUUAAGGAAAGCUCUAAUUAAAAUUAAGAAAAGAAACAUAUUCUAA